UCGCUUCCUGCACCUUGACGCUCAGGUACACGGAUUUGAUCGAAAACUUCACUGAAACUUGGAUUUCUGGGAGCAGUAUGUACGGCGGACUGUUCAAACGGAUUUAAACGAGCUUUUAUAAUAAAUUUAAGACGCCGUUAUUAUUUCGAGAGUCAACUCCUGGAUAAACUGGAAACAUAGCCAGUAAGUCAUGUCCGCUGGCAGCACCGGCAGUCUGAGACGCAGCUCAGGGCCCGGGAGCAGCAGCCAAGCAUGGUUUUAUGAGGAGCGUUGUGUGGAUCCAGUAGAAGACAAACAACCUACCCCACAGCACAAAGCGGUGCAUAAAGCUCAUGUUAAAGAUGCUAAUGGAAAGGAGUCUGAGUCCAUCGGGUUCAUUCCUGGCUCAGCUGAUCCGUCGUCUGCAGCACAAACCUGUAACCCCUGCGCUUCUCCCAAGAGUUGUAAGACUUUUGUGUGCAGCGUGCUCACCUGUGGCCUCUACAGGGUCUGCCAGCGCUCCGUCCUUGCUCCAUGCUUGGCGCCAGAGGAAAACUCCCCAGAUGAACCAGAGAGGGUGAGCCUCCGAACUGUGAACCCGGCAGACAACAAAGUAGAAGACGGUAUAGGAUACCCUGAUGUCCGCAUUGCUGGUGUCAUGGUGGCCAAUCCAAGAGAGUAUAUUGAUGUUGAAACCAAAUCUCCAUCAUACGCGCCUUCAUCUGCUGCUGAUACCCAGAAAUUCAACUCCUCCCUGCACGAGUCAAUGAUAUUCGAUGACUGGGAAGAUGGUGAAGAGGAUGUGGACUCUUUGAUAACCAAGAAGUUAUUGGAGCUUUACUCAGAAUAUCAGAUUGAGGAGUUAGCCAGAUGCACCUCAGAUUCAGUGUUUCUGAGGAAGAGCAAGGCCAUCAACCAGCUGAUUAACUCGCUGGCAGAGGAGCACAAAUUGGACGAGCAGGAAGCAGAGUGCAGGUUGGUGCGAGGCAUCAUCCGAAUCAGCACUCGGAGGAACACCAAAAAGAAGCAGAUCACCUCCAGGAUGCCGAGGACGGUGUCGGACAGCGGGAAUGAGACGAUGAACUGUAGCAGCGAUUUUUCAUUAAGCAACAAUAAUGAUUAUAGAUCAAAUCCCAACAUCCAAAUAUCAGACCUGACCCCCUCCGACAAGUUUGCCAGGGAGAUGUGGAGGAAGAACGGUGGUCACCCCUCAAGUUCCCCAACAGCAUACUCCCCCUCUCACACAGAGGUCAAUUCCUCCGGUGUCCCUCUGCUGAGCACCACAGUGAGGACAUGAUUUGUUCGGCACAAUGACGAUCUGUACUCAACCACCUUGUGUCCAUGGGGUCCCACAUGUUGGAUUUUUAAAGGAGACACUACACGCACUGGAGUCUCUGGCUGAGCCAAGCUCUUUUAAGCUUUAUAUUUGUAGAAGGAAGAAGAAACAAUAAGUGAACGUUCACGUUGUCUGAAGGAAUUCAGUGAACUCAGGGCUCUGAGUGGAGGUAUUUAUGGCUAGUAAAUAUUGUGCCUUUGAAGAAUGGAUAGAUUAGGAGGUAAGGAAGUUACCAGCAGCUUUUACAAUAUUUAACCGUCCUCGUGUUUUUUAAAGUAGGUCUGGCUCGAAAUGUGAACCCCAUCUUUGAGAGGUUUAAUUAUUAUGCUGUUGUUACGCAAAUAAUGUUCUUUCAAUGUUUUUUGUAUGUUUUAACUGCACAUUUCACCAUCUCAUUAUAAUUGAGUGAUUUUCUUUGCUUUUUGUAAUAAUUUGAUUCAGUUGAAUGAUUGUAUACAGCAUUUCACCAGAUAAUGGUUGAUCAUGCUAUGAUAGUUUUCAGAAAUUGAUUUACUUCAGGUUGAUCUGGGGGUAUGGAUGAAAAAACUGGUUAUGUUUUUUUUUUUCCUCAUUUUUUUAUGUUCCUGAAAGUAAACUACAAAUAAGAAAUGAUUCCCAACAUGAGAAUUAUGCUUUUCCUGUAAAUUUCCUUACAUAAUUUUUAUAAUUAGUAUGUCCAAAUUGUUUUAAAUUUGGUAAUUUUCUUAUUACUACUAAUGCUAAUGGUAAUGCUGAUUUUCAGAUUUCAGUGAAAAGGCCCAUUUAUGGUCCCUUACGUACGUAAAUGGCCUCAAAUACUUCACUGUCCUCAUACUUCCACGCGUCUUCUGCAUCGCCAUGGUUGUUAAGUCGACUCCUCCACUAGUGGGCAGGGCUAAUUUCAUUUCCCAAAUGUGAAAACCAACUAAAAAAUUCAUCUGCAUUUUUGUGUUUUGAGUUAAAUGAUUAAGAUACUUAGGAUAACUUUGUCGUACUGUCUUUUUUGAAACGCUUUCUUCAUGCCAUUAUAAUGAAGUUGUGGGACACGGAUUCCGGUGUGGACCAGGAAGCAUGAAAUAUAAUUGAAAAGGCAAACUCUGCUUUUUACUUUACCAGAUGUUUGAAUCGUUAGCUAAAACAUUGCACUUUGUUUCAGUUUCCUAAUCUUUUGUGGAUGUCUGGUCGCCUGAGGGCAAAGUGUAAUAUUUAUGCCUUUCACAUGUUUAGUAGUGGUAAGUAACUCUUUUCCUUUCGACCAUCUGGCCAAAGAAACUGUAAAAUAUAUGUGAACGAAAGCUGCUUUAUUGGGAGUUCAUACAUAAAAAUAUUUGUUUUAUGUAAAUAUACAAAAAUAUGGAAUUGGGAAGAAUUUAGAGCACCUAGAUCGAUUUAGGUUUAGUUGCGCAUAUACUGUAUAUGCAGAAAGGAUUUUGAUUCUGGCUGUCAGGCUUAUUCAAGUUUCGUCUCAAAGUAUGUCUGACAAGUUGAAAAGAGCCUCCUAACAGAGUGAUAAAUUCUGUCAUGUAAUAAAAUAAUAUUAAAAUCAUGUAACAGCUUUUUAAUUGUUCAUAAAACAAAUAAACACUUGUGAUAUCUCCUCUUACUGAAACGGCAUAAUUACUUUGUGGUUACACUUACAAAUGUUAAAAACUAUCAUGAUGAUCAAAUUGGAUAUAUCAGCUAUUUACUAUUGUGGACGAUAUUUAUAUAUUACUUUGACUUACUGCUGCAUUUGUCAUUGUUCUCUCAGAUUACUUCUGCUCAGAUAUGAUAGUAUCUGAGGUUCUUUAAUGUCUGCUGACCAGGGGCCUGAUUCUGGCAUAGGAACAAAAACCGGCAUACACCAAUCAUAU